AGACAGUUUACGUCAGUUCGACAAAAAUGAGAAUUUUCAACCUUUUCUACUUGUUACUUACCACAUUAGUGAUUUUCUCUGCUGUGAACGUUGCUGAAGGCGGAUUUGGAAAGAAACUCAAGAAAAAACUCAAGAAGAUUGCAAAAAAAGUUUUCAAGUACAUUCCUGAUCACAAGAUUACAUAUACGAAACAAUUUUGAGAAAUUGUGAUCUAUAUUGAUAGUUUCCGUUUGUGCACACUGGCUUCCAAACAAUGUCAUUCAAUACUGUCUAUUUUCAACUUGAGUAUAAAUAUUUUUGACUACAC